UUUGAACACCGCCCGGCUAUCGGGAAAUAUCCUCGAAUUUGCGCCGUCAAUGUUCGAAAAUUUUAAUUUAUUCUAGUUACUCGUACGGUAUAUUUAAGAGGAAUAAUUCGUUUGUUAGGAAAUUGUUUUGCCUCUAAACUUCAAAUAUAUUUAGGUUACGUUAGUGUCAAAAAGAUGAUUGUAGUGUUAAGAAUAUUCCAAAAAAUUUAUUAAUACGAUAAUGCUUCCGCUGUAGAGUAAUUUAAGAUAUAAAAACAAAGAAUCUAACUUUGCAAUGGACGACACGAGCAGGGAGCCACAUGCGCGGGAAUCCCAUCCUAUAGACAAGAAUUUUAUAUCCAAGCUUUUUUUCUGUUGGUUCGUUCCUUUCAUCAUCAGAGGUCUGAAAAAGGAAAUAAGCGAGGAUAACAUAUACAAGACGGGUAAUAAAUUUAGUUCCCUUUUCUUGUCGACCAAAUUGCAGGAAGCCUGGGACAAAGAACUCAGCGAAAACAAACCCUCUCUAAUGCGCGCUCUAUUGAAGGUCUUCAAAUACGAUUUAAUUACAUCAGCUCUAUUACGAUUAUCACUCGAUUUACUAAAACUGAUCCAACCGAUUCUAAUAACUCUACUAAUAACCUGCUUUCAAACCAACAAAUUGAAACACAACCCAACGAAGAUUUACAUGUUCUCGCUCGCGCUGAUCGCAGUCACUUUCCUGCAAGUGAUGUUCAUUCACCACAACAUGCUGCUGGUGCUGACGGUCGGGAUGAAGAUCAGAAUAGCCACGUGUGCGCUGGUUUACAGGAAAGCGCUGAGACUGAGCAAAUCGGCCAUAGCCAGCACCACCAUCGGUCAAUUGGUCAAUUUGAUAUCGAACGAUGUGGCUAGAUUCGACGUGUGCUGCCAGUUCAUCCACCUGCUGUGGCUGGCGCCCUGCGAAAUCGUCAUCGUGAUGGUCCUGCUGAAUUGGUACGUCGGCUGGAUGGGUCUGGUCGGAUGCGUUUUCCUGCUGGGAUUCAUUCCGUUUCAACCUUAUAUGGCGGGAUUAGCGUCGCGGUAUAGAUUGAAAACGGCGAUUUGUACAGAUGAAAGGGUGAGAUUGAUGAACGAUAUAAUAUCUGGUAUUCAUGUAAUCAAAAUGUACACCUGGGAGAAACCGUUCGAGUUGCUGGUGGAAAGAAUUCGAAAACUAGAAAUGAACCAGAUACGGCACAUUUCGAUGAUCAGAGCCGUAAUGCUAUCGUUCACAACAGUUCUAAGUAGAUUAGCAGUGUACAUAUGCAUUGUAGUGUUGAUUUUAGGCGGGUAUCCUUUAAACGCGUACUUCGUGUUUACCGUGAUAUCAUUCUAUUCGUUCCUGAGGAACUCCGUCAUACUUCUGUUUCCUCAAGCCGUCAUUCAAGUGGCCGAGGCGAGAAUAUCCAUUUUGCGCCUGCAAAAGUUCCUAAUGAUCGAGGAAAUCGACGCGGACAAUCGGCAAGUGACCAUGACCAGCAGCUUAUCGGAUUUGCUGGUCACUCAUCCGAACAUCAUCGAAGACUCCGAGAUCGGUAUUAACAUCAAAAACGCCGCCGUCAAGUGGAUAGUAUCGUCUCCGGAUCAUCUACUGAAAGACGUGAAUUUCGAGGCCAGCUCGAAUCAAUUGGUGGCCCUUAUCGGACCGGUGGGCGGAGGAAAAUCCACUCUUCUCCACCUCAUUCUCAAGGAAGUGAUUCCUUUACGCGGCGAAGUGGAAGUCAACGGUAGCGUAUCGUACGCUUCGCAGGAACCGUGGAUUUUCGGCGGUAGCAUCAGACAAAACAUCAUCUUCGGCCAAUCGUUCGAACCCGAAAAGUACCGGAAAGUCAUCAGGGCGUGCGCUCUCGAAAGAGAUUUCAACAUUUUUCCUUACGGCGAUAAAACCAUCGUGGGAGAAAGGGGAGCCACGUUGAGCGGAGGCCAAAAGGCCAGAGUAAACCUAGCCAGGGCUGUCUACAAAGAUGCCGAUAUUUACCUAUUAGAUGAUCCUCUAGCAGCGGUCGACGUGCUCGUAGGUAAACAGCUAUUCAACAAUUGCAUUUGCGGUUAUCUCAGGAGUAAAUGCGUGGUGCUGGUGACGCACCAAGUUCACUACCUCAACGCAGCCAAUUUGAUAUAUUUGCUGGAGGACGGAACGAUCAGAACGUCCAGUACGUUUCAAACGUUGCAGUCGUACAACAAGACUUUCAUGGAGUUGUUGGAGACGGCCAAAGAAGAGGAGCAGAAGCGAAAGGAGAAAUUGAAGAGCUCCAGUAUGGAUUUACAUCCAGGUUUGACCAGUCAUCAGGAAUUGGUUAAAGAGCAUAUUGCGAAAGGGGCCAUUCGCAAAACGGUGUACAGGGAUUAUUUCUUGUCUGGUGGGCAUUGGAUCAAAUCGAUCGGAGUGCUAAUGGCUUUCUUUUUGUCCCAAUUCUUCGCCAGUUUAAUCGAUGUGUUCUUAACUUCAUGGGUAAACUCCGAACAAAAAGGGAACAAAUCGAGCGUUUUCCGCGAGCACGGUUUGCUAAUUUACACUAUUCUGAUGUUAAUUUUGUUAUUUCUCGCCGUCGUCAGGGCGAUAUCUUUCUUCAAACAUUCAUUAAAGGCGUCGGAACGUUUGCAUAGCGACAUGCUCAAAAAAGUCCUCUACUCGCCCAUGUCGUUCUACAACUCGAAUACUUCGGGUAGAAUCCUGAACAGAUUCUCCAAAGAUAUCGGAUCAUUAGACGAGACAAUACCGUUGUGCAUGGUCGACACAAUAACAAUCGGCCUGACGGUCCUGGCGGUUACCAUAGUCAUCGCAAUAGUAAAUCCUUGGAUAAUGAUACCCACGCUGGUAAUAUUCAUCAUAAUGUUAUUCUUCAAAAUGGCCUUCCUGAAGACCAGCAGGAACAUAAAGAGAAUCGAGGCGAUCACGCGAAGUCCCAUUUACACGCACUUGACGGCCUCUUUGCAAGGUAUUACAACAAUCCGAGCUUUCGGAGCUGAAGAGAUUUUAUGCAAGAAAUUCGACGAUUUGCAGGACAAUUACACUGCAGCGUCGUAUUUGUUUUUAUCGGCCAGCAGAGGAUUCGGGUUUUGGCUCGACAUGCAUUGCUUGUUCUACAUAGCUUUAGUGGUUAUUAGUUUGUUAUUCGUACAAAAAGAAUCGUUCAGUGGAAACGUCGGUUUGUCGUUAACACAAGCAGUAACUCUAGCUGGUAUGUUCCAAUGGGGCAUCAGGCAAUGGUCGGAAUUGGAGAAUCAAAUGACAUCGGUGGAAAGAGUUAAGGAAUACUCCGAAUUACCGAUGGAAGUGGACGAUUACAAGACGACUAUACAAAAUUGGCCUAAAUCGGGGAAGGUGGUGUUCCGGAACGUGUAUCUCAAAUACACGCCUGGCGGUUCGUACGUUUUGAACAAUCUUAAUUUCGAAGUGAAAUCCGGGGAGAAAGUGGGUAUCGUGGGAAGGACGGGAGCCGGCAAAUCGUCGAUCAUUCAAGUGCUGUUUCGUUUGUUGGAUUUCGAAGGGGCCAUUCACAUUGACGAUGUAGAUAGUAAAACUAUUAAAUUGAAGCAGCUGAGAUCCAAAAUCUCGAUAAUUCCGCAAGAGCCGCUCCUAUUCUCCGGCACGUUGAGAAGGAACGUCGAUCCGUUCAACGAGCACAACGAUGAGAGUCUAUGGAAGGUUUUGCAAGAGGUCGAUCUCAAGAACGCGGUGGCCGAAUUGCCUUCCGGUCUGGAUACAACCAUGAGUGAAGGAGGAUUAAAUUUCAGCCUGGGUCAAAGGCAAUUACUGUGCCUUGCUAGAGCUAUAAUUAGGAAUAAUAAAAUCUUGAUUUUAGAUGAAGCGACCGCCAACGUCGAUCCCACCACAGACGAUAUUAUACAAACCACUAUAAGGGAAAAAUUCUCCGAUUGCACGGUGUUCACCAUAGCCCACAGAUUGCAGUCCAUCAUGGAUUCCGACAAGAUUUUGGUAAUGGACGGCGGAAGGGCCAUCGAAUUCGACCACCCCUACGAACUGCUGGUCAAAAAACCCAAUGGCAUUUUCUAUAAAUUAGUUAAGGAAACCGACAGCGUUACUUUCUUGAAUCUACUCUCCAUCGCCGAGGAGCACUAUUUUAAUACAACAAACGAUGAUUCCUUUGAUUUGUAAUGUUUAGUUUUUAGCAAUUAAAUGUACGAUUUAU